AAAAAAAAAAAAAAAAAAAAAAAAAAAAGAAAAGAGAAAAAAAAGGACUGUGUUUUUUGUCUCGUGUCGUUCUUGCGGGACGGGGGUCAUACUGACUAAACUGAAUAUGCCAUAAACUUACUUCCUGUUUUUAUCGAUUCUCCUUUUUUUAUUUACGGAAUAGCAAGAUAUUUGGCACCUAUCUUUCAUUGAAGGUGCGAAUGUUUAACGACGCAGUACCAGAUGUUUUUCCAAGGCCUUAAGUCAAAUUUUUCGCUAGUAAUUUGAGCAUCAAACAGUGUGAUAUAAAGGAGUCAUAUUCUAUAAAGAAUAGAGCCUGAUUACUCCGUCUCUAUUUUUCCACAGUUCAUUUGGAGAAGUCAGAAAAAGAGGACUUACUUGAAGUAUUCAUUUGCUCCGAGAAUCCAUGGCAACGAGUAAUGACAGCUCCACCCCUUCCCCGCAAGUUGCCAAUCAAACCAAGCCGGUUUUGUUUCGUCAUUGCACUGGAGAGAGCAGCCAUAUUCAAAUCAUUCUUAUUGUGAUAGUUAUGGCGACUUCAAUUUUUGGUAACGGUGCAAUAUGUGGCCUUUUGAUUCGUUUCCGUAGCCUGCGCACCGUCCCCAACAUCCUUGUCGCAAACCUGGCCCUCAUUGACGUCAUCAACGCCAUGACCAACAUGCCAUUGUUCAUCAUGUGGUACCUUUGCCAGGUGACGUUUCUAAAGGGACCGGCUGUCUCUUGGUUCAUUGUUUCUUGGUAUGUUCUAUUCAUGUACUUGACUGUGGCGUCCCUCGUGGUUCUAAUGUUGGACCGUUAUGGUGCUAUUGUCCAUGGACUGAGAUACCACUCGUGGAAGACCAAAAACAAGGCUGUGAUCGCUGUUUUCUGUAUAUGGGGGUCGGCAGUUUCCUACACGUUUGGGAUGUUCAGUCUUGGAUUAGAUAUCAACGUAGGAGAAAAGCCCGUUUGGAUUUACAGAAAAUACUAUUUCAAGAACUUUGGUCGUUCAUUUCUCAUCCCAGGGUAUCUUGUUCCCUUUGCAGUCAUAGUGGUACUUGGUUUUCUCAUCUGGCGAGAGGUGCGUUUAAGCAGUCGCCAAAUAGGACCGCAAAGCAACAUGGGCAAGAGAGUCAGAAGUGACGUCGAGACCGCAAAGACCCUUGGGAUUACAAUCGUUGCGUAUUUCUGGAUGGGGUGUUUCCCAGUCCUCCUCCAUAGCAUCGCAAGGCUUCAUGGAUCCUGGAUUCACUAUCUUGCAUUUUUCUUCAUCUUCAUGAACAGCAUGGCCAAUCCGGUUAUUUAUUCAUUACGAACCAGGAGGUUCAGACAAGCCUUUAUGCUACUGUUGCGGGAACCCUGUGGCACAAGUCAGCCRACAGACUCCCGGUUUCGUCAGGCACAUACCUCAUCUACUGGGACCGGUAUGACUACGAUAGGUGGAAGCACAAAGUGCAAUGGUGCUUCGACGCCUGAUAAUAGAGUAUUUUAGUUGCAUGGGCAAUUCUAAGUCGUCACAUGAUAAUUUUCUUCCAUAUUGGAGGGCAAGAAUGAACAUUCAUAAACUGAAAAUCAAAUACUUCAACCUUCAAGAGGAAAGAUGCUGUAACAGCACAUAUGAUCAUUUUUACAAUAUUGGCAGGGGCGGAUCCAGGAA